GCUUUUUGUACAGUAACUCAAAACACAAGAAAAGACUAAGUUUUUCUCUCACUUUUUCUUUGUUCUUCUCUCACCAUAACAACAACUAAGUCCACAUGUAAAUGGUAUAAAUCUUUCUUCUGCACGUUCUGGGGAUCUGGGUCUCCUUUACUUUUACUUUCCCAAAAAAAAAAGAAAAAAGAAAAGAAAGGUUCUUAGCUGACAUUGCUUUUGUAUACACAUUUUAAUUAAAAGAGAUUCUACAGCCAGUUAAAAGUGUUACAGUUGUUACUGUUAUAGUCAAAAAAAAAAAAAAUGUAUUUAUGACCCAGAUCUUGAAAUGGGUGCAUUGUAAAAUAUUUCGAUGGUGGGGUUAGCACUCAAAUUAUGUGUCUUUGUCUUAGAUCUUGAAAUGGGUGUUGCAUACUUUUGCUAAAAAAAGUUGGGUUUUGUUUCUUCUGUACUGGAAAUUUGAUAUUUGGUACUGGUUGGCUUUCAUCUCUUGAAAUUCAAGCAAAGUUGGGAUUUUCGGUUUGGGGUUUUGUUUCUUUUCGACCGUGGAAAACUAUGGCUUAUCCAUCAGAGCAUUACGGGUUGUGUAGUAAUGGUGCUUUAAGGAUAGUUUUAUUGUUGGUGGCUACAUUCUUGGUUGGGUACAAUGUGAGACCGCGAUUGUACUCGAGGGAGAGUUCAAGUACUCAAGUUUCAUGUCCUUGUGAUUGUGAGUGCCCUGAAGAGUUUGCCUGGUUCUUACCAUUAGGAUUUAUCAACACCUCAUUCACAGACUGCGGCAAUCAUGAUCCGGAUGUAUACGAAGAAAUGAGAAAGGAUAUAAUAGCUUUACUAUCAGAAGAAAUUGCUUUGCAGAGGAGAGUGGCUAAUGAUUCCUUGGAGCACACCAGGACACUAGUAAUGGAUUCUAAGACAGCUUCCUUACACUAUCAAAAAGAAGCAGAAAAGUGUAAUGCACAAACAGAAACUUGUGAAGAAGCAAGAGAGCGGGCAGAAGCAGAACUAGUAGAGGAGUAUAAGCUUUCAGCAUUGUGGGAGAAGCGAGCACGAGAACUUGGAUGGGAAGAUAGCAGAAGAGUAUAUUCAUGAAUAUGGAUAUUAUUGUAAUAGCUUUUUUUCUUUUUGACUUGUGAUAGGGUUUGAAUUAUAAAAUAGCUUGUACAACUAGUCUUUGUAAUGCCCUUGUGAAUACUAAAACCAAUGCAAUGGUUGUGUUUCUCCAA